GAAAGAAGGCCUCUGUACGCCUGCAGCCCAAGUCGCACCCCCCACGUUCUCCAUCCCUACACGCAACCUCUUCCUCUCCUCCGCAUCUUCCAGGCUACAGCAGAGGGCAGUCAAGGGGGCGAGCAGGAUGGGUCCAGCCGAUUUCUUCGCCGGAUCUGGAGCCUAAGGGCGACGCCGACGAGCACGCAGCCACGCCAACAUCGUUGCCUCGAGAGAGGAGUGGGUGGGAGGAGAAGGCGGCGGCUCGAGGGCAAGGUGGGUCGGGGGCAAGGGGUCGGAGCUUCUCGCCUGAUUCAUGGCGGCAUAUUUCCUUCAGUUGAAGCACGUGGAUAGAGGAAGCACUACAUUGUGGAAUGGAGGGAGUAUGCAAAACUUAUUGGAAAGCCGCGUGGCUUUCAGCAGUCUGCACCCCACCAAGCGUGUUGAUGCUGCAUGGAAGCAUUGGAAGCGAAAAAAAAUCUACACAUACCUAAAUUACUACUUUCAGGUGGAAUACGCAGAGAACAAUUUGAAGGAGUACAUCCACAGAGACGAUGAUACCCUACCAGUCAAGCUUGGAGAUGGACCACCAUCACGACGAUCGCUUCAUGCUUGGAACUGACAAGAGGGCCACCAUCACGACGAACUAAUCAUAGUUUCGCCACCACCCGAACAUUCAGCAAGGUGACAUCUGCACCUUCCUUUUCAAGCACAAGCAAGGGCGCCGCCUCUCUCUCAUGUGCACUGUCUCUAGACACACCACCGUCAGCCGCAGCUAUCGCCUAUACAUAUGAUCCAUGUAUGGUCUUUAGUUUCUCUCUUAAGACUUAAUAUGCAUGUGCUCUGAUGACCCAAUGAACUAUGUAUUUAGUUUCUCUCUAAGACUUAAUAUGCAUGUGCUCUGAUUAUCCAGUGAACUAUGUCUCUCUUUUGGUGAUCGCCCACCUUUUAGAGGAUGGUAGAGUUCGCCAUGCUCUAUGAUCAGUCAUUCAUCUUGUAAGACUGUCACCUCUCUGUUAAGAUUGACAUGCAUGCUUUAUGAGUUAA